UCGUCUGUGAAACUAAGGCUUCCCGUGUGUUUGUGUUAUCUUCUGUCCUUCUCCAAGGCACGUGGGUGAUGUAAGAUGUGAUGUAAACAAAGCGAUCAGCUGACGUACCGAUGGCUGUUUGUUGCGCUUGUUUACGCAGGGCGGGCCGAGAUAAGAGGCCUGCAAGGCUACACCGCCGGCUGGCAGCAUCUGCCAGGCAGUUGCGCGACACCAGGUACGCGAGGCGGACAUGACGGCGACGACGACGACGACGAGCGGCAAGUUUCAGUUCGCCAUCGACAGGGGCGGCACCUUCACGGACAUCUUCGCGAGAUGUCCGGGCGGCAAGAUCCGAGUGAUGAAGCUGCUGUCCGUGGAUCCGGCGAACUACCCGGACGCCCCCAGGGAGGGCAUUCGGCGAAUCCUGGAGCAGGAAACGGGCGUGCUGAUGCCGCCCACGGACCCCGUCGACGGACGCCACAUCGACUGGAUCCGCAUGGGCACCACGGUCGCCACCAACGCCCUGCUGGAGCGCAAGGGCGAGCGCAUGGCCCUCGUCAUCAACAAGGGCUUCCACGACCUGCUGUUCAUCGGCAACCAGGCGCGCCCCAAGAUAUUCGACCUGGAAAUAGUGACGCCAGACGUGCUCUACGAGGAUGUCCUGGAGGCGGACUGCCGCGUGGUGCCCGCGCUGCGCGGCCGCUGCGAGCUGCGGCACGGCUGGCGCACGGUCGUCGGCACGACGCAGGAGGAGCUGUAUGUCUGCCGUGAGCUGGACGCCGAGGGCCUCAAGGACGGGCUGCGGCGGCUCAGGGAAAAGGGGAUCGACAGCUUGGCGGUCGUGCUGGCACACUCCUACAUGUUCCCGGACCACGAGCUGGAGGUCGGGCGGCUGGCCAAGGAAGCGGGCUUCGGGCACGUGUCGCUGUCGCACCAGGUGAUGCCCAUGGUUCGCAUCGUGCCGCGCGGCUUCACGGCGUGCGCGGACGCCUACCUCACCCCGCACAUCAAGAAGUACGUGCAGGGCUUCGCCUCCGGCUUCAAGGACAACCUCAAGGGCGUCAACGUGCUGUUCAUGCAGAGCGACGGUGGCCUCACGCCGAUGGACGUGUUCAACGGAUCCAGAGCCGUGCUGUCCGGCCCGGCGGGCGGAGUGGUGGGCUACGCCAGGACCACGUUCGGCCGCGUGACGGACAUGCCCGUGAUCGGCUUCGACAUGGGCGGGACCUCGACGGACGUGAGCCGCUUCGCCGGGUCUUACGAGCACGUGUUCGAGUCGACGACCGCCGGGGUGACCAUCCAAGCUCCCCAGCUGGACGUGAACACGGUGGCGGCGGGCGGCGGGUCGAUGCUCUUCUUCCGCUCGGGCCUGUUCGUGGUGGGGCCGGAGUCUGCCGGGGCCCACCCGGGACCCGCGUGCUACCGGAAGGGCGGGCCCCUCGCCGUCACGGACGCCAACCUGCUGCUCGGCCGCCUCCUGCCCGAGUACUUCCCGCGGAUAUUCGGGCCCGAGGAGAACGAGGCCUUGGACGCGGAGGCCACCAGGCGGGCCUUCCGCGAGCUCACCGACGAGAUCAACCAAUUUCUGGCCAGCCAACCGGAGGGAGAAGGCAAGCGAGGGGAAAUGUCGGUGGAAGACGUGGCCAUGGGGUUCAUCCGUGUUGCCAACGAAGCAAUGUGUCGACCAAUCAGAGCCCUUACCCAGGCCAAGGGCCACGACACGAGCCGGCACGUGCUGGCGUGCUUCGGCGGCGCCGGAGGCCAGCACGCCUGCGCCAUCGCCCGCUCCCUGGGCAUGGGCAAGGUGUUCGUGCACAAGUACGCCGGCAUCCUGUCGGCGUACGGCAUGGCGCUGGCGGACGUCGUUCACGAGGCCCAGGAGCCGUGCUCCAAGCUCUACCGGCCAGACUCCUUCUCGUACCUGGACGAGAGGCUGGGAGUCCUGGAGGGGCAGUGCCGAGAGCAGCUGGGGCAGCAGGGGUUCCGCCCCGAGCAGAUCGAGACGGAGGCGUUCCUGCACCUCCGCUACGACGGCACGGACUGCGCGCUCAUGUGCACGGCUGCCCCCGGGUCCGGGGAGGGCGCCCCCCGGCACGGCGACUUCCGCGAGACUUUCACCAAGAGGUACAAAACAGAGUUUGGCUUUGUCUUGAUGAAUCGCAACAUCAUCGUCGAUGACCUGAGGGUCCGAGGUGUUGGCAAAGGCAUUCCACACGAGGAUCCUGAGAUACUUUCUUCGGACAAGAGUCCUAGUUGCGACAAGGUGACGAGCGUGUACUUCGAGGGCGGCUACCAGAGGACGGGGGUGUACCUCCAGCACAGCCUGCGGGCGCACCACGUGGUACAGGGCCCCGCCAUCAUCGUCGACAAGCUCAGCGCCCUGCUGGUGGAGCCCGGAUGCUCCGCCCACGUCACCAAGGGGGGAGACGUCGUGGUCACAAUCGGCUCCGGGGAUCCCCGCCCGGUCGGCACCCGGCUCGACUCCGUCCAGCUGAGCAUCUUCUCCCACCGCUUCAUGAGCAUCGCCGAGCAGAUGGGCCGGAUCCUGCAGCGGACGUCCAUCUCGACCAACAUCAAGGAGCGGCUGGACUUCUCCUGCGCCCUGUUCGGUCCGGACGGCGGCCUGGUCUCGAACGCCCCUCACAUUCCCGUGCACCUUGGCUCCAUGCAGGAAGCUGUCAUGUACCAGAUACGGGCGUUGGAAGGGAAGUUCCGCGAGGGAGACGUCAUCCUGAGUAACCAUCCCGAGGCAGGCGGCACGCACCUGCCGGAUCUCACUGUUAUCACUCCCGUCUUCUACAAGGGCGCCCCGGAGCCGGUGUUCUUCGUGGCGAGCCGCGGCCACCACGCGGACAUCGGGGGCAUCACCCCGGGCUCCAUGCCGCCCCACUCCCGCACGCUGCUGGAGGAGGGCGCCAGCUUCAAGAGCUUCCUGCUGGUGAAGGAGGGAGUGUUCGACGAGGCGGGGCUCGUUGAGAUCCUCUACUCCCCGGGCAAGGUCCCCGGCUCGUCCGGCACCCGCAACCUCUCCGACAACCUCUCCGACCUGAAGGCGCAGAUCGCGGCCAAUCGCAAGGGCAUCUUGCUGGUGGGCGAGCUGAUAGACGCCUACGGCCUCGACGUGGUCCAGGCCUACAUGGGCCAUGUCCAGCGCAACGCCGAGCUCGCCGUGCGAGACGUGCUGAGGCGGGCGGGGCGUCGCGCGCUCGAGCGCACGGGAAGCACGGAGCUGGCCGCCGAGGAGCUCAUGGACGACGGCACGCCCGUCAGUCUCAAGGUGUCCAUCGACGUCGAGCAGGGGACGGCCGUGUGUGACUUCAGGGACUCCGGCUACGAGGUGUGGGGCAACACGAAUGCCCCGCGGGCUAUCACCAUGUCGGCGCUGAUCUACUGCCUGCGCUGCAUGGUCGGACAUGACGUCCCCUUGAACCAGGGCUGCCUGAAGCCCGUGAAGGUGCUGGUGAGGAAGGGCUCGGUGCUCGACCCGUCCGAGACGGCGGCCGUGGUGGGCGGAAACGUGCUCACCUCCCAGCGCCUGGUGGACGUGGUGCUGAAGGCGUUCCAGGUGUGCGCCGCCUCCCAGGGCUGCAUGAACAACGUCACCUUCGGGGACGACACCUUCGGCUACUACGAGACGGUCGCCGGGGGAGCCGGAGCGGGCCCGACUUGGCACGGCCGCGGCGGCGUCCACACGCACAUGACCAACACCCGGAUCACGGACGCCGAGAUCCUGGAACGCCGCUACCCGGUCAUCCUCCAGAAGUUCAGCCUGCGGGAGGGGUCCGGGGGGGCGGGCGCCUUCCGGGGCGGCGACGGCGUGGAGCGGGAGCUCCUGUUCCGGAAGGACAUCACGCUGUCCGUGCUCACGGAGAGACGGGUCUUCCACCCGUACGGCAUGAACGGUGGCCUUUGUGGACAAAAGGGGCAAAAUUUGUUACUGAAGAGUGAUGGUCGUACAAUCAACCUCGGAUCCAAGACAGCUGUAGAGUUGGGGCCUGGGGACGUGUUCCGGCUGCUGACGCCCGGCGGAGGCGGCUACGGCCCGCCCCUGCAGGCGGGGGCGGCCACGUCCCCCGGAGGCGGCGCCCGCAGUUCGCGGCCUUUGUUCGCCGAGCGGGGCAGCGUGUUCGAGUACCGACGGGCGCAAGAGUCCGUGUAGCCGUGUAGCGGUCACGUCGGAACCGCACAUUAAUGUUUGUCUACACGCCCUGAAUACACAGUAACAGUUCAGUUUUCAGCAGAUUUAAAUUUAAAGUACAUUUCGAAGAUAUCUGUCAUAUCAUGUGGGGGGAAAUACUUACUACUAUUGGCAAUGAGACGUAGUUUUUAGCUCAGCCGCUAGAUAGUGCAUGGGCUGUUAUCAGGAAAACGUUUAUAUUUCAUGUUGUGGCAUACCGGAAAUACUGAAUAUCUUACUCAUUACAAAACCGAAUUAUUAUUUUUUUUACAAAUUUAAAAUCAUCGUUCAAAUGCAAACGCACGAGUUCUUUCUAGUAGUUGUGGGCCAACACAAAAGAUAGUCACAUGUCGCGUUAAACCAUAUUUUCUAUGGUUACCAUGAUGCGGCUUCAGGAAAAAGGUUAUAUAGUUUUUCGUUUCAGGGUAAAAAUACCCCAAAACAAUCGUCAUCACGAUAACUGCCCGUAAUGUUUGUAAAAUGUAUAAAUAUUGUCUGAAACAGUUUUUGUUAAGGAAAGAAAUGUAGUGUUUGUAGGUUCAUAUCGACAGAAGAGAUUGCGACCUCGAUGUUGGAUUAAGAUUAUAAAUAGGUGUAGGUGCUUAUUAGUUAAGUCUGUUCGACUUUUGAAAUCUUACAUGAUUCUUCGAAGUGAUACAAUGCUGGAUAUAUUUAAUUAAACACAUUAUUGCUGCGUUGAAUAUGAGAGUAUUAUAUGGAAUAUUGAAGAAUCUAUAGAUUGUUCAGUAGUGUCCUCAUGAUUUUUCAACAGUAUGUUUAUUUGUGAUAUUAUAUGAAAACAAUGAUUCUGUGAUAUUAAAAACUUGUAGUAAACAAAAAUCUUCAAAUAUUUGUAACCAUCCUUGGAUUUUUACAACUCAUGUAUGACCCCCAGCAUUGAACGGAUUAUAUAGAACUUGGGUGAUGGUUGUAUUGUUGAAGUUAUUAAAUCAUAUAUCUUUGUA